AUGGACCUCUUCACGGGUCCCGGAAGCAUCUACAGGCCGCUGCGGGGCUCGGAAAUUCGACUUGUCAAGCUGAAGCGGACGCGCAGGCCGGAUCAACCCAUCGAACUCGAGCUGUUUUACGCGCCUCUAGACACCGCCAAGUUCCUCGCCCUAUCGUAUCAGUGGGGGAAACCAGGCGAGACGAAAACGAUAUCCGUCAACGGUACCGAGUUCCCUGUCUUCGAGUCGCUAUUUCGUGCACUCGAGAGUCUAUACCUCCAUAAAAUUUCCGACAUCCUCGGCGCCGACGUGUUCGAAGACCCAGUCCCAGCGGAGGCGCAGGCGCAGGCACGACAAGAUGCCACAGAUACCGACACCGAUGAGGGCCUCAUGGGAUGGUGGAUCGAUGCCAUCUGCAUCAACCAGGCAUCUUUGACCGAGAGGAGCGAGCAGGUGCCCAGAAUGGGCAAGAUCUACUCGACAGCAGCCAGAGUCGUUAUCUGGCCAGGGGAUUCAUAUGCCUUCAAAAGCGACCAUCUGAAUGCUGCGAUCGCCGACGCUACCAAGAAAUACUCGCGAAUCCGACUGGAACUGCGGCCACAGGUGCAAGCCUCGGCAAACGACGCGGCGGCAGUACGCGACCUCUUAAUUCAGGGCGCGACGGACCGUCGAGACCGCAUAUUUGGCAUACUAGGCAUGGCAAACCUGCCAACGCCGGCGCCCCCCGACAUCCAGCCAGAUUACACGAGAAGCUUCGAGGAUGUCGCCUUUUCUUACGCAAAAUUCCUGGUCCUCAACCACGGCCGCCUGGACGUGCUGGCGAUGGGGGUCAACUCGCAUCCGGGUUAUCCCUCAUGGGUGCCGGACUUCGACCCCCCAAGUGGGCCCAGGCUCAAGCCCGGGGAGGUUCAGAGCGUCUCAUCACUCUCUGCCGACGGGCGGUGCCUCGUUGCGAGAGGCUCACUCAUCGGAACCGUCUUGGCGGUCGUCCCGGCCGCGUUUGACACCCUCCUGCCGGAUUAUGAAGGAAUCGUCCGGCCUUCAGCAAACCUGCGCUCGGUCGCUCCGGAGCUGGUGGUGAGAGAAUGGCUGGAUCAACCGCGCGCCGAGGGCAACAUCGACGACGACGGCUGCACGGCCGUGGCCUGCUUGGGCCUGACGGAAGCUGCGGGUCACGCUUGCAGCGGUGCGUUGUACGAUGCAUUGCAAUGCCUGCGGACCUAUUUCAUGGCGAUCCGUUGCCUGCUGCUGGACGACGGCCACGUCCUGCAAGGCCCCCAGUAUCAGUGUCAGGACCCGGAGCCGGGUGACGUGGUAUCCGCCAUCAGGGGCAUGGACGAACUUGCGGUUCUCCGCCGGCUCGGGGUGGGCAGGGAGCCGGAGGGCUUCCAGAUCAUCGACGCGCGUUGCCGGGGCACUGCUUUCCCGGCUGGCCCGGUCACUGAGGAUGUUUUCACGAACAGGGCAGAAAGGGAUUUUCACAUUUGGUAA